AACGACUGUGUAGCAAACCUGCUAAAAACCAACAGAGUAGUUUCAGUGGAAGAGCCAAGGGAAAGCAAACCCAAAAAUGCAAAGAUAGUAACCAGACCUUUUCUCUUCCCCAUAGAUUCUCCAGUUACUUUCAUGCAUUCAAUACAUAUAAACCUUAUAAUAUCUCUCACCCUCGGAGAGAAUUAAAACCCUAUUCCCUUUCUUUUCUUUUCAUUUUUUUUUUAUAUAUAUAUAUAUGUCUUGGCUUAAUUAAUUCUUGGCUGGUGGAAGAAGAAUGAUGGAGGAAGCUCCGUAUUGGAUGUGGAUGAAGAGGAAACAAGUCUUACAGUCGCAUUCUUCAGUACCAUCAAACAACUCAUGGGAAGAGAAGGCGUUUGCGGAAGACGCGGCUGGGGAUCUUGGGGGAUGCGUAUGGCCUCCAAGAUCUUAUUCUUGUAAUUUUUGUAAUAGAGAAUUCAGGUCUGCCCAAGCCUUAGGUGGUCACAUGAACGUCCAUAGAAGGGAUAGAGCGAGGCUCAAACAAUCUCUAAGCCCCAUCAAUGAAGCCCUCGAUCAUCACAAUCACUCUAGCCCUACUAUUGUUGCAUCAGGUACUCUACCACUUAAUUCUAGGGUUUCAGGCUUAUCCAUUCCAGAAAAUUUAAGUGAAAAUGAUACUACUUUUGCCUCUGCUUAUUCAUCUUCUUGUUCCGAGACUGUGGGGGUUAGACUUAUGAGAAUCUCAGAAUCAAAAGUACCUCAAGGGGAAAAGACUCCUAGGGGAGAUCAUCACUCUAUAUCAUGUCUAGGUUAUAAUGAUGAUUAUGUUGAAACUGAGUUGUCUGUGGGCAUGAAUUCCUUUGUUAGCCAAAAUCGACCAACUGGGUCUUGUAGCAAAAGACCUAAGACUGCUGUUUCUUCACUGUCGAUUUUUCUGAAGGCAUGUUCAGAUGAUACAUACAAUCUUCAUGAGUCGCCGGAGGUAAUUGGAAUACUUAAGCCUAACAGUAUCAUGGAGGAGUUGGAUCUUGAGCUCAGGCUUGGUGAUCGAUCCACCUAAAGUGAAGUAAUUAAGGUGCAAUCUUGUGGGCCUGAUCGAUCGAACAAGCUAGUAAUUAAUUACGUUUUGUUUGCUGUAUGGAAGAGAGAAUCGUUGAUGUUAAUUUGUUUCUCUCUUUCCUUUCCUACCUCUUAUUGAUCUUAUAGCUAGCUAACAGGCAGAGGUUACUUCUGCUCUUAUUAAAUCUUGAAUGAAAUGAUCAAAGGCUUGUUUUUCAA